CGCCCGCCCCUGCGGUUGCCCCAAGAUGGCGGACCGGCGGCGGCAGCGCGCCUCGCAGGACAGCGAGGACGACUCGGACUCGGCCGCAUCCGACAGCGGCGACUCCGCCGCCAGCCCCGCCCGCUCCCGCUCCGGCUCCGCUUCGCCGCGGCCUUCGCACCGCCCUCCGCGAGGCGCCGCCGGAGCUCUGAGCGCGGGGCCGCGGGGCCGCGGGGCCGAAAGCGCCGCCGGGGGAGGGGCGGCCAAAAGCGCUCCGCAAUCCGAGUGUGAAAGCGAGGACGGCAUCGAAGGCGAUGCUGUGCUGUCAGAUUAUGAAAGCGCAGAGGACUCAGAGGCAGAGGAAGAGGAUUACAGCGAGGAAGAAAGUGCCAAAGUGGAACUGAAGCAGGAUAGCAAUGAUUCCUGUGAGUCUGCAGCAAAAGCAGAGAAAGGGGAUGAGAAACUGGACUCGAAAGGUGCCGUAACCGGUGAAAGGCAAAGUGGGGACGGGCAGGAGAGCACCGAACCUGUUGAGAAUAAAGUUGGGAAAAAAGCUCCCAAGCACCUGGACGACGACGAGGAUCGGAAGAACCCGGCUUACAUCCCACGCAAAGGGCUCUUCUUUGAGCACGAUCUCCGAGGGCAGACGCAGGAGGAGGAGGUCAGGCCGAAGGGUCGGCAGCGGAAGCUGUGGAAGGAUGAAGGCCGCUGGGAGCACGACAAGUUCCGGGAGGACGAGCAGGCCCCCAAAACCAGGCAGGAGCUGAUUGCUCUGUAUGGCUACGACAUCCGCUCUGCUCACAACCCUGACGACAUCAGGCCGAGGAGGAUGCGCAAACCGAGGUUUGGGAGCCCCCAGCGAGACCCCAACUGGUCCAACGAGCGGCCCAACAAGCCCCCCCGGCACCAGGGCUCAGACGGCACUUCUGCUGCCCCACGAACCUUCACCAGCAGGAGCUCUGCGGGAACGGGGAGGAUGCCCCCUCCCAGGAACUACCCGAGGGUGGGGGGCUACAAGGAAACCCGCCCAGGAUACCGAGCUUCAGAAGCCAGCGUGCAGCACCCGUCCCGAAAUGGUGAGCAGGGCAAACAGGAGAGCGGCUAUCGAGCGAAACGUUCGGAGCAGAGCCCACCGAGAGAGAAGUCACCAGAAGUGGAAGCAGGGCACGUCCACGGCAGCCCUGUCAAGGAGGAGGGCGCCCUGGAAAACCAGAGCGACGCCGUGCAGCCGCCGCCAGACAGACCAAUAGAAAAGAAGUCUUAUUCCCGGGCAAGGAGGACCAGAGUCAAAGCUGGGGACGCAGGGAAGCUGGCGGAUGACGUGCCUGCUCUGGAAGCUCCCGCGACACCAAAACCUGUCCAAGCUGAGGCGUCCCCCCCGCCGGCAAAGAACAGCAACUGGGAGUCGCCAGUGGAAUCCAGCUUGGAUGGACUUGAGCAGGAGAUGAUUCAGAUGAAUCUGACGGAGCAGAACUGGAGCCCGGGGCAAUCUCAGUUCUUACAGCCCCGGGAGCUGCGGGGUAUUCCCAACCAUCUGCACGUGGGAACUGGGCCGCCCCCUCAGUUCAACAGGAUGGAGGAAAUGGCGGUGCAGGGCGGCCGUGCCAAGCGCUACUCCUCGCAGCGGCAGAGACCCCCAGUGCCAGAGCCGGCCCCCCCCAUGCACAUCAGCAUCAUGGAGGGGCACUACUACGACCCACUACAAUUCCAGGGACCAAUCUACACCCACAGUGAGAACCCGGCCCCGCUGCCGCCCCAGGGGAUGAUCGUGCAGCCAGAAAUGCACCUCCCUCAUCCAGGUUUACAUCCCCACCAGCCAGCAGCCCCGAUGGCAAACCCUGGCCUCUACCCCCCGCCGGUCUCCAUGCCCCCAGGGCAGCCCCCGCCGCAGCAGCUGCUCGCCCCGACUUACUUCUCCCCGCCUGGAGUCAUGAAUUUUGGGAAUCCUGGCUACCCGUACCCCCCAGGAGCGCUGCCCCCGCCGCCCCCUCCGCACCUCUAUUCCAACACCCAGCAGGCGCAGUCCCAGGUGUUUGGGGGGGUCACGUACUACAACCCUGUCCAGCAGCAAGUGCAGCCCAAACCCUCACCGCCGCGCAGGACGUCGCAGCCCGUCACCAUCAAGCCGCCGCCUCCCGAGGUACCGCCCCUCGCCCCUCUGCUCGUCCCUUUCCCCGUCCCUUCUGCCCGUCUGCCUGCUGCUGUCCCCUGAGCUGUGUGUGGUGCUGCGGCCUCCCUCUCCCACCCGAAAAAGAAAUGUGUUGUUCCAAGGACGUUUUAAAAUUGCCUCGUUGUUGACAUGUCCCAAACCUCAGCUUCUCGUUGCAGGUGGUAAGCAGGGCUCCAGUUAAUUUGAGUUUCUAAAUACUUUAAAUCUAACCCACGUAAAAAGUAAGUCGGAAUUUGACUCUCGCUUUCUCUUUCUGCUCAGGGUAGAAAAAAAAAAUGCUUCAGAGGGAAUAAGGCCAACACUGAGCUUAGGAGGUGGGAGAGCAGCGCCAGGAUGCUGGCAGCACCCGGCACAGGCAGCAGCCUUCAAGGCUGCGUGGAGCCGAGAGCCGCUGCUCUGCUCUGGGGACAGGUUUCUCAGCGCAGCUCUGCUCUCUGUGUGCGCCCGAGUGCCACGUGUGUGUCUGGUUCCCUUUGUCGUGUGUCGCCGUGCCGCUGCGCCCCGGGUCGGGCAGCGCUGCUCCCCUGCGCCUCCCCCAGCCGGGAAGCACAGCCCGAGCGUCCCUGCGGGGAGCCGCGCUCCGCGGGGCCUCGUCCGGGAGCCGGCCCUGGAGCGGGG